AGCUCUUUGUGGUGUAGAGGAAGAAUUGGAUCCCUCUAGCAUUAGACCACCCAGCUGAAGUUUAGGUAGUUGAACAUCAUAACACUAAUAUGUUUACAUUUAAAAGCAGGGGAGUUAAUAUAUUGUUUGGUUGAACUAAAAAAAAUAUUCAAUCUAUUUUAUUUUGCUCUCAGCUGACCGUUUUGCGGGCGCAAAGUGAACUGCUAGUCAUCCAGCUAGCCUUGUGGAGCUAGCUCAGCUGUCAGCUGUUUGUUUUUGUUUCUGUUAAAGUGCUCUCUUUCCCUUUUAACACAUGAGUGUUUCGCUGGUUGUUAUCCGUCUGGAAAUAGCCGACCAGUCUCCUUUUCCACGAGGUUUUCAAUACUCUGCUGUUGAAGGCAUGUCCGAGGAGGAGCUCCGGGAAAAAAGUCUCGGUUUAGCCAAACAUGCCCUGAGUGGGAAGAGUGAGCUGGAGAGAGCAGCCAUCCUCCACCAGCAUAUGGGCAGCAGAGCCGUGGGGGACAUGGUGAUAGAAACCUAUGAGCCCACCUCAGCAGGAAGUGACGAAGGAAGCAGCAGUCCUCAGAGUGCACAGACUGAGACGCCGGUUUCCCAGGAGACCAGCGGCGCCUCGCAGACAGCUCCAGACUCGCCCUCCAAGCAGCUACCGGAACAGAUCUCCUUCUUCAGCGGGAAUCCGUCGGUGGAGAUCGUCCAUGGCAUCAUGCACCUCUACAAGACCAAUAAGAUGACGUCGCUGACCGAAGAUGUGCGGCGCAGCGCCAUGGUGUGCAUCCUGACCGUUCCGGCCACCAUGACCAGCCACGACCUCAUGAAGCUCAUGGCUCCGUUUAAUGACGUCAUGGAGCACAUGAAGAUCAUACGGGACUCCACUCCCAACCAGUACAUGGUUCUCAUCAAAUUCUCCUCUCAGGCCGACGCAGACAGCUUCUACACGGCCUGCAACGGACGCCAGUUCAACUCCAUCGAGGAAGCAGUGUGCCAGCUGGUCUACGUGGAGCGAGCGGAGGUCAUAAAGUCUGAGGACGGAGCCAGCCUGCCGGUGAUGGAGCUGACCGAGCUGCCGAAGUGCACCGUGUGCCUGGAGAGGAUGGACGAGUCGGUCAGCGGCAUCCUCACCACGCUCUGCAACCACAGCUUUCACAGCCAGUGUCUCCAGCGAUGGGAAGACGCCUCGUGUCCGGUGUGUCGGUACUGUCAGACGCCAGAGCCGGUGGAAGAGAACAAAUGCUUUGAGUGCGGCGUGCAGGAGAACCUGUGGAUCUGUUUGAUCUGCGGGCACAUCGGCUGCGGGCGCUACGUCAGUCGACAUGCCUACAAGCACUUUGAGGAGACGCAGCACACGUACGCCAUGCAGCUCACAAAUCACCGUGUGUGGGACUACGCUGGAGAUAACUACGUGCACCGCCUGGUGGCCAGUAAGACCGAUGGGAAGAUGGUGCAGUUUGAGUGCGAAGGAGACACUUGCCAAGAUGAGAAAAUAGAUGCUCUCCAGUUGGAGUACUCGUACCUGCUCACCAGCCAGCUGGAGUCCCAGAGGAUCUACUGGGAGAACAAGAUUGUUCAUCUGGAGAAGGAGACGGCCGAGGAGAUCAACAACAUGAAGGCGAAGUUUAAGGAGACCCUGGAGCGCUGCGAUAACCUGGAGCAGCGAUUAGGAGAAAUAAGCAAAGAGAAGCAGAGCCUAGAGAAGAAGUGCACUCAGCUCAACGGUCGAGUGCUGAAGCUGAGCCAGGAGCUGAAGGAGGAGCAGGAGAUGAACCGCUGUCUGAGAGCCAAUCAGACGCAGCUUCAAGCCCAGCUGGCCGAGGAGGAACGCAAAGGAAAAGAGAGCGGCGAGCGGAAGGAUGUGGUGAUAACGGAGCUGCAGGAGCAGCUGAGAGACGUGAUGUUCUACCUGGAGACGCAGCAGAAGAUCGAGCAGCUGUCCUCCGAGGCCCGCAGCGAAAUCCAGGAGGGCCACAUCAACAUCCCGGCCGGCCAGGCGGAUGGCGCCCUGGGCCCGGACGGAGCGGGCCCCUCGUCAGGCCGGGGCCGCCGAGGCCGGGGCAGGAAGAGGAAGUAGACAGGAGGCCCCACUCUGCUGGAACACGUUCAGGAACCAUGACUGCAAGUCUUUUACUGCUGAGCUGUGGAGUUCAUUCAGCCUCCUGGGGAGGACAGCUGGACAGAACAGCAACCAUGUCUUCAGCUAAACAUUCAACUUUAAAGUAGCUUUCAAAAAGAAAAGUGGGACAUCUCACAGAUUUUGUGAUGGUUUGUAUUUCCGUUUAGUAUUGCUGCUUUGGUUAAAUAGUGUUUUAUCUGAUUAAAUAAGUGCUUGCAGCUCAAACAAGCCUGAUAAAAUGAUCUGAAAUCAUAUUUUCCCAUAAGCGUGAAAACAGGAGCAGGAGCUGUGCAGAAGAAAGAUCAAAUUGAACUCUUUUACAUUUCUCAGUCAGUGUUAACACUCCACACACAGGAAGGCAAGGGAAUAUAGACAGAAAAACAUUUAGUCAGUAAUAUUCAUACAUUUUUUAUGAUCAGUAAUCGACUGUGACAAGCUGAGCGGAACGGACUUUCUGCCCGACUGAGUUCAUUUUAUCUAAGUGUUGGUUUUUUAUUUUUAGAUCAAAGUUUCAACAUUUUUUUUGUAAAUAAUAAAAAAGGAAAUGGUGAAGAUUUUA